AUGCGCUCUAUACUAUAUCCCCUUCUGUCGCUGGCGACGUUUGCUUCCACAUUUGCGGCAGAAACACCAGCCGCCCAGGCGACCGCUAAGAAGGAUGACUGGGACGAAAAGACGCCAGACACAACGUUCAAUGGCGAGACAGUGCCGUCCAUGAUAGAACUUGGACCGAACACAAUCGACACCGAGAUCGGCAAAGGGAACUGGAUAGUCGAGUUCUUCUCCCCAUACUGCAGCCAUUGCAUGCACUUCAAGCCCACCUACCAAACCACCUACGAAUUCUACUACACCUCGAAACCCUUCCUAUCCAAAGACGAGCCCGAAGGCGACUCCCUCAACUCAUUUACUCGAUACUAUGACUUCAAGUUCGCCAAGGUUGACUGUAUCGCCUACGCCGACGUCUGCAAGAAGCACAACAUUCAAAGCUACCCCACAAUGGUCUACUUUCAGGACGGAAAGGAGUCAGAAAGAGAGACGGGCUCCAAGGAUAUGAAGGGUAUGAGCACCUGGGUAGAGAGGCUCUUGGAGACUCUCCGACCCGGUACGCGCAAGGAGGGCGGCCCAAAGCUACCAAAGGCUGGCGCAACAUCUGUAGAGACUGGCCCAAACACAGAGGAAGCUGCUAAAGAAGAGAAGAAAGAAGAGUCUAAAGACAAGAACGCUGCGAGCCCAGCCACCAACCUAAGCCCAUCCGCCACACCCUCUCUUACGAAAGCGACAAAGGCCGCCUCCGCAAAGGUCGAACCCACCUCGAACGCGAAUCCAUCUGGCACCGUCGAGCCCCUCACCGCCGAGAAAUUCGAGAAGCUUGUUGCAAACACACGCGACCCCUGGUUCGUUAAGUUCUACGCGCCAUGGUGCCACCACUGCCAGGCUCUUGCACCAACUUGGGCAAACCUUGCGCGCCAGAUGAAGGGAAAGCUCAAUAUUGGAGAGGUCAACUGCGACGUGGAGAAGAAGUUGUGCAAGGAAGCCCAUGUUCGAGGUUACCCUACCAUGCUCUUCUUCCAGGGCGGCGAGCGCAUCGAGUACAGUGGUCUGCGUGGGCUUGGUGAUUUGUUGGACUAUGCGGAGAAGGCGUCAGCGGUUGGUGCUGGUGUACGUGACGUAAAUGCUGAAGAGUUCAAGAAGAUGGAAGAGACUGAGGAGGUGAUCUUUACCUACUUUUACGAUCACGCGACCACCUCGGAGGAUUUCCAGGCGCUGGAGCGACUUCCUCUCAGCCUUGUCGGUCGAGCAAAGUUGGUCAAGACAAACGACAAGGAGUUGUUCGACCGCUUCAAGAUCUCAACAUGGCCACGACUGAUGGUAUCGAGAGACGGAAAGCCUACAUACUAUCCACCUAGGACACCCUUCGAGAUGCGCGAUGUCAAGAAGGUUCUUACCUGGAUGAAGUCUGUCUGGCUGCCCAUCGUCCCUGAGAUGACUGCUUCCAACGCUCGCGAGAUCAUGGAAGGUAAGUUUGUUGUUCUGGGAAUACUGAACCGCGACCGUUCCGACGAAUUCAUCCUCUCUAAGCGCGAGUUGAAGAGCGCCGCGCUCGAAUGGAUUGACAAGCAGGAGACUGCUUUCCAGCUUGAGCGACAGGAACUUCGCGAUGCUAAGCAACUCCGCAUCGAAGAAGCCGAAGACAAGGACAACGAGCGAGCACUCAGAGAUGCUAAGAAUAUCCGCAUCAAUAUGGACGAUAUCCCGCGUACUCAAGUCGGUUUCGCGUGGGUCGACGGUAUUUUCUGGGAACGCUGGAUCCGGACUACCUACGGUGUGGAUGUCAAAGACGGCGAGAGCGUCAUCAUCAAUGAUGAAGACAACCGCCGUUAUUGGGACAGCACUGUAUCUGGUGAGCCUAUUCGUCUCUCUCGCGCUGCAAUCCUAGAAACCAUCAAGAUGGUCACCUCCAACCCUCCUAAGAUCGCCGCCAAGUCUACCACUGGUCGCAUUGCUGGCAUGUGGCUAUCGAUUCGUCAUUUCGUCAACAAACACCCUUUCAUCUCCCUUGGCAUGUUUGUUGGCUUCUUUACUGCCGCGACGUUGUUUGGUAACAGCAGGCGAAGGAGACAGUUUGGAAGUACCGGCGCGUACUUCCAACUGGGAGAAAAGGACGGGUUACUAGGUGGUAUGGGUAAUGGCAACUUUGGAGGCGCGAAGCAUGAUUGA